GAAGCAGACGAACACAGAGGAGGAAGAAGACGAGCUCUCCAGCUGAAAGCAGCAGCGAAAUCUCUCUCUCUCUCUCUCCUUAUGGAUAACUCCGAUCAGGACUUGGGCUCUCCGCGAAACCAAUUGGCGCGUCGAUUGGAUUUCUCCGUCUCGGCGGCGGCGGAGAUGGAUUCUUCUCAGGGAAGUGAGAAGCAUUCUCUUCUCGAUUCGAAUUCGUCUCGGGAAGAUCAUAAAGAAGAAGACUUGUUGCCUCCUCCGCCGCCGUCAGGUUCCGAGGAGCAAGUGGUGAAGUCGCUGAAACCGCCGGUUAGAUCGGAACUCAGCACGCCGCCGCAGAGACCUCCGAUUAAUGGGUUUGAUCAUGAGCCGGCCAAGUGUCGAGUGAGCAAGCAAGAGCCUUUGACACCAAGUAAGCAGAAGCAUUGCAACUGUAAAAAUUCAAAAUGCUUGAAGCUGUAUUGUGAAUGCUUUGCGUCGGGGUCGUAUUGCAAUGGCUGCAACUGUUUGAAUUGUCAAAACAAUUUGGAGAACGAGACCGCAAGACAAGAAGCCAUCACCGGGACGUUGGAUCGCAAUCCUGAUGCCUUCAAGCCUAAGAUUGCUGGUAGUCCUCUUGGAACCAAAGAUUUACAGGAAGAUGCGCGGCAACUACUGAUUCUGGGAAAGCACAGCAAAGGAUGCCACUGCAAGAAAUCAGGAUGCCUCAAGAAGUACUGCGAGUGUUACCAGGCCAAUGUCCUGUGUUCUGAGAAUUGUAAAUGUCAAGAUUGCAAGAACUUUGAAGGAAGCCAAGAGAGGAACGCCCUUCUUUAUGGACCAGAAACCUACACACAACAACAGCAGACGACCAACGCAGCUCUCAACCGCGCCGUCGCCACCUCUGGUUAUCUAAACCCUCUUGAAUCAAGAAAGAGAAAAAGCAAGGAAGCUUCACAUUCAGCUGGAGGCUCAUCUGCGUUUCCACACCUCAUAAGGAAUGGUGACACUUCUCUAUUUUCAGUUCCUAACAACAGAGUGGUAUCUGGAUUUACCGCAUGUUCUUACAGGUCUUCUCUGUCAAAUACUAUCCAGCCGCGUCAUGUGAAAGACCUAUGUGCGCUUCUGGUCACAAGAUCGGUGGAUGUAGCAAAUAAAAGGAGGAAAAAUGAGAAAGACUCUUCACUUGAUCCAGCUCUGAGAGAUGUUAAUGAGACCAAUGACUCUCCAGAUUGUGUCCUUGACUCUACUAGAAUGGACGAGAAGCCGUUAUCUCCAGCAACACGUGCAUUGAUGUGUGAUGAUGAGGACGUGAUCAUAUCAGAGAAAGAGACAUCUGCCGCCCGAGUGAAAACAAGCCAAGAGAAAGAAGACGCAGACACAAGCUCGGAGAGUUUCGUAGAACAAGAAAGACAGAUCUUGUCCAGCUUCAGGGACUUUCUCAUUCAGUUCUCAAACCGUGGGAACAUAAAACGAAUGAAUAUCAAAACCAAGACAAAUCAGAGUAGAAAGGAACCACCAGAAGAUGAAGAGCAAAGGAAUCAGCACUCAGGUUUAGGGUAAUGCUUAGGGAAUUUCUCGGAUAAAAACUUUAGCGUCCAACUCUUUUUGACAUGUUUUAAAAGUAUCUAUAGGAAGAUCAGAUUAGAUUAAUUAUUGGGACUGUUAGAUUAGUGCUAACUGCAAGGUACUAUGUUUCAUACAUUGGCGUGAAGAUUUUGAGUAAAUAGUGUCUA